AAAGAAUAACUGCUGUGUCGGUCGUCGUCGGUCCUGACGGGCCCCACAACCACCGCAGAACCCCAGCUGUUCUUCUCAAUCGUAGAGAAUCGAUACCUUCUUCUUCGCAAGAUCUGGUUUUCUCUAUAUAUUUACACAUAAGAAGGAGAAGAAGAAGAAGAAACGUCGCGAUCUGGAGUUACUUAUCAACUAGGUAAAAUUAAGUAUAUAUAGAUCUAGAUGGGAAGGAAAGGGAACUGGUUCUCGUCUGUGAAGAAGGUUCUUAGUCCAGAAUCCAAGAGAUCAAAGGAGAAGAGGUUGUUGGGAAAUGGAAAAUCUAUUGUUGAAGAAAAUUCCAAACCUCGUGAAAUUCCUCCUCUCGAGCAUCGUUCCCCUCCUACUCUUGAAGAGAUGAAAUUUACUGAAGUUGUUGAUGAUGAUGAAGAACCGACUGUAGUUGAUGCUGAUUUCACUUCCCAAGCUACUACUGAAGUGGUUCAUGUCACUAAAGAGGUUCAGUUUCCGCGAAGAUCAAAGGAGGAAGUAGCAGCUAUCAGAAUUCAAACUGCUUUACGCGGAUACCUGGCAAGAAGGGCAUUGAGGUCUAUAAGAGGGCUUGUGAGGUUAAAAUCACUUGUUGGGGGACCAACCAUUAAGCGUCAAACUGGACACGCCUUGAAAUGCAUGCAAACUCUGGCUCGAGUGCAGGCUCGGAUUCAAUCUACACGUAUCAAGAUACUGGAAGAGAAUCAAGCUCUUGAAAGACAACUCUUACAGAAACGAGCCAAGGAAGAAAGUUUGCAGUUGGGAGAAGAUUGGGAUGUUAGUUUGCAAUCAAAAGAACAAAUUGAAGCUAACCUACUUAACAAGUAUGAAGCAACCAUGAGAAGGGAGAGAGCUCUAGCUUAUGCUUAUUCUCAUCAGCAAAACGGUAAGAAAUCAGCCAGACCUGCAAUGCUAAUAUUCAUGGAUCCAAAUAAUCCUCAUUGGGGAUGGACUUGGCUAGAACGAUGGACGGAAGCUCAUCCAUCAGAGGAAAAAAUUGAGGCGAUUGGAGAAAGACACCAUCACCAACUCGACAAUAAUAAUUCAGAGAAACCAUCCCCUGUUUCUAACAACCAAUUGAAACCCAAGGGCCGGAAAUUGAAACUCAAUGAUGACAGUAAGAGCAGUUUUAGCAUUCGUCUGGAUAAAAACAGGAGGCACAGUGUCUCCGGCUCUGUAGUUAGGAAAGACGACGAAAGCUUGUCUAGCUCUCCGUUUGUUCCUAGUUAUAUGGUGUCAACUAAAUCGACAAAAGCCAAGUCCAGAAUGCAAAAUCCUCUUGGAUUGGAAAAUGGAUCCAAGACUUCUACGAAGAAACGCCUUUCUUUUCCAGCCCCGGUUAAGGCUAGGCGACUUUCGGGUCCACCGAGAAUUGAGACAAAUGUGAAUGUGGUUGCAUAAAUUAUGUAAUCUUAAUUGUUUGUGAAAAAUAUUAUUUUGUUGUUAUAAUUUAUUAGU